ACGUUAUGAAAUCCAUCCUGUAGAACAAAACUGCAAUGACUUUCAAUGAGUAUUUAUAAAGCGGCUUCAAAUCAUUGCUAUACACCGAAGGGGAUUUUGAAAAAUUUAAGUUAUGUGGAAAAAGCAUUGUUUCCAAGUCUUAAUCACAUCCUGGUAUUUACUCCUCGCGACAAAGAUCAGUGAUGCACUACAAAGAAGUUGCAGUGUUUCUCUUCCAACUCUGCAGUUGGUUUCAAUGUGUCCUACAACCGAAGAGGAAUUAGAAAAAGCUACAAAAAGAAAAGAUUGCAAGAGCCUUGCUGAAAUUCAAAAAUGUGUCUUGCCAAGAAAUUUUACAUAUCACUGUGUGAUUAAUGAUCUCAAAAAUGAAAUUUACGAAGUGUGUGCUCCUGAAAUCCAUUCCCAAGGAAGAUGUCUAGAAUUCGACCAGUAUGGAAAAAGAAUCCAAGAACUGCCCAUCAACUGUGUACGAAUGGGCUGCCCAAAGAAAUUCAGAAGUUCAAACAUACUUUCAUAUAGGAGUUGCAGCAAGUUAGUUAAACACAGAGAAGAUUUGACAGGAAAUUACUCUUGGAAUUAUCUAUCAACAAUUUUGGCUGCUAUCAGUGGCGUACUGUUUCUUCUGGUUUCACUUUUGUCUGGCAUACUUCUUCGAAAAAUGAAACAAAAGAACUAUGGAGAAUCGACAAAAAUUUUAAAUGGGGAAGAAUCAACUGCGAAUGCAAUACAGAAAAUCACUGAUGAUUACGAUUCAAGACAAAGAAGAAAAGGAAAGGAGCAGAUCUCCCAGCGCACAAAACUUCUGACAACUUCAACCUUAAGCAUAAAAAGUUGUGAAAGUCACGUGACAGUUAAACAAGGUUUUGACGCAAAAACGUUUAACUUUUUCUUGAAAAGACACAAUUUGCAGGAUUGUAAAAAGGUUUUAUUCAAGAAUAAAAUUGACUGUCUUCAAACAUUCUUUGAACUAGACGAAGAAAAAUUAACAUCACUUGGUCUUGAUUAUGGACAAGUGUUAAAAUGCUUACGGGCGAAAAAGACAAUACAAACAGAAAGUAGCGUUUAAAUGUUUACAAUGCAUAUUUAACUACCGUUUUACAUAGCAUUCAUAUUUUACAUCUAUUUCCUUGUGACUAUGCCUUUUCGGAAUUUUAACAUUUUGAUCCCUUUACCUUCACCAUGACCUGGGGAGAUUAGUGUUUUACAAAGACAAAUGUUUUAUUUGGUGUGUUCGACAUUAAGAUUUCCUGUGUAUUG